CUGGAGACUCGACUUACCACUGAGGAAGAGAGAGAUAAUGCCAAACCACAGAACCUGCACUGUAAUGAUACUGAUGCGAAUUUCACAUGCUCCUGGCACGUCAGAGAGGAGAUUUCUGAAUCUAUUGACUUUGAUCUCUACUAUAACGAAAAAGCAUGUCAGCCCAAAUGCCUUCAGGAUGCGUUGAAGUACCUUACCUGCCAUUGCAAUAUAAUGACCGAUGGUGAUGUGAACACUUCUGCUUACAUCAGUGUAAAACCAAGAAAACCAGAAAAAUCUAUUAGUUCUGUUAAGUCAUUCAGGUUGUGUUUGAUAUAUCAACUUCCACCCAGAAACUUGACAAUCAAUGAAACAAAGAGAGGAGAGGCCUUCACUGCUACUUGGAAGGAUACGACUCCAGAACAUAGAGAUUUUCACUAUCUUUAUGAACUCUGUUACUGGAAUCAGAGUGACCUGAAACAAAUAGAGGUCCCCAAUAAUUGCCCAGUUGAACCAGAAGAGAUAAAAUCCAACCAGGAUCCCAGUAAAAUAUUCCAGCUUGGUAAGCAGCUUAAGCCAAGCAGUAAUUAUUCAGUGAUGGUCCGCGUACGUUUGAAUGAGGAAAAUAAAAAGCACUGUUUCCAGGGCCCAUGGAGUGAAUGGAGCAAAAUACAAACGUUAACCACCAAGGCAGUUCCCAGUCUCAUUGUGCUGUACAUCAUGAUUCCUAUAUGUGUCAUCAUAUUUGUAUUAUUUGCUGUUUGUGGAUACAGCGCUCUGGUAAGAUAUACAAAGCAGUGGGAUGAAAGUAUUCCAAAUCCAAACAAGAGCACCAUCAUUAAAGGUUUACAGAAGACUAAGAACAGGUUAGUGAUGCACCAUGUAACAUUUCAGAAUGGAUCGUGUUUGCCUUAUGAAGAACAUUUGUACGUCGAGCCAUGCAACAACAUAAUGAUGUAAGUAUAGCUGUUUAUUGAAACUGGGAGUGCUUACUCUAGUUACUAU